AUGGUGUUUUCCUCUUUUCAGACAUUUGUCUUGAUCGUCAUUGCGGCAGCAGCGUACAUCAAGCUGAACGACUCACGCCUUGGGAAGAUACCCCCUCGUGCCCUCCAAUUCUCGCCGAAGCGGGUCAAACCUGAAGAUAUACUACUUCUGCGGGCGCGCUUGGAGGAUGAAACCAAGUCGAUCGACGACCAGAUGCCACCGGUAACAGGUAGAAGGUACAUCGUCAUAGGCGGGACAGGAUUCCUGGGCGGCUGGCUGGUUCUGCACCUCAUCAGGCGCGGCGAAGACCCCGAGAAUAUUCGCGUUAUCGACUUGCAUCCGCCUUCGCGGCCUGACUUACUCACGGAUGAGGUUAAGGGCGUCGCCUUCUUCCAAGCAGAUAUCACAAAUCGCGAUGCCGUCGACCGAGCUUUCGACUUGCCGUGGCCGAACGGGGAUAGCUCUGGCUUGACCGUCUUCAAUACGGCCGCCAACAUACUCUUCUACGAGCGCUGCGAGAUGCUGAUGCCGCGCUCUACUCGCGUCAACGUUGACGGCCUGCAGAACCUGCUCGACGCAUCCCUACGCGUUGGAGCGAGUAUAUUCGUCCAGACCUCCUCCGGUACUGUCACACUGCGACGCUCACGAUACCUCCUCUGGCCAUGGGAACGCGAGCCGAGGCAUUUCGUGCGAGUCCUCAAUGAGGACGAUGCGCUCGUUUGCAAGCGCCACGAGGACCACUGGUCUAAUUACGCAGCCUCCAAGUGCAUCGCCGAGCGCCACGUCCGAGCCGCCGACGACCUGCCUUCCGGUACAGGCACCAUUCGCACUGGCAUUUUGCGCCCAGGAAAUGGCAUCUAUGGCCCCGGUGGCGACGCGAUAUGCUCUGGCUAUCUCAACAGGGGCACAAACCCAUCGUGGUAUCUAGACUCCCUGCAGUCCUUCAUCUACAUCGAGAACUGCUCCCUAGCACAUCUGCUAUACGAGCAACGCCUCCUCGCCCGCGAGCGCGGCGAUGACAGUUGCCCGGACAUCGGCGGCGGAGUCUUCGUGGUGACGGAUCCUGGUCCGCCGCAGACGUACGGCGAUAUAGGAGUUGCGCUGACGGUGCUCUCUGGCGGUCAGUGCACGUUCAUCCGAAUCUCGUCAACGCUCAUGCUUCUCGUGGCGUAUGCUAUCGAAAUGGUGUACGUCGCGCGCCACUGGCUGCUCAUAGGAGGGAGGACGCAGCUGGCCGGUCUCCUGCCCAGUCUGCGGGGAUUGGUAGCGGCUCUGCAGCCAUCUCUAUGGGAUAUCGCUGGACCGCGGCUUAUUUUCGAUGACUCUCGAGCGCGAUUGCCGCCGGAGCAGGGAGGAUUGGGGUAUCGUGGGGUUUGGACGACCAUGGAGGGCGUGGUGCGCACGCAUCAGGCCUUCGUAAACGGGGUAGCUGUCACGCAGCGGUGGUCGGCGGACGAAGAUGAACGCAUGCCGACCAUACCUGCUCCAGUCCAACCUCCGCUGAAGUCUCGAUAG